CUUUAUUGAAAUUAACGAGGAGUAUCGUAUGCUCAUCUGUUGCAAAUGCAAGGCAGCUGUCCGGCCCCGCCGCGGCAUCGAGUCAUAUUUCCGCCACGAACAUCAGCUGAAAGGGGACGUUCUUCGAGAUAUCAAGGACUAUUACAGCAGGAUGGACUUGGCCGAUCCGAAGACGUGGAUGCGCGGGAAACACGCUCGAUACUGGAUCGUCCGCAGCAACGAGGCCGAGGCGUGGCCCGACCCGGCCAACAACUCGGAGAAGGAUGCCAUGGAGCUGAUGGUGGCCCAGUGUACGGCUGAAUUGGAUGCCGAGGAUGGCGAGCGAUUUCGCCGAGGGGAUCUGAAAGAAGAUAUGGACCGGGACUCGUCGUGGGUGAAGAGGGUGCGCUGGGUCAAGCACUUCGGGUCUCGAGAUCUACUGGACAUAUUCGAAGCAGCCGAGUGGGUACGGGCGAAGAGCACGACGGCGGGACGAGGCCGGGAGCAAGAUAAAGACGGUGCGCAAGAACGGCUGAUAUUGCUGCGUCUCGGGGAGAGCUUCGAUCGCGAGGUGGAACGGUGCAGCUGGCGAUUGGGCAGCGUGCCGACCGAGACGCUCCAAUGGCUUGCCAGCAUCGUGAGCACCACUCCCAGCGGGAUGCCAUUUGGUCUGAAGGGCAAGGAGGCAUCAAUGGCUAAAUACCGGACCGUCGGGCAUCGAUAUUUGGGCUUCUGCUGGCGAGCGCACCAAAUCGGAAGGGAUGAGGCGUUAGAGCGAUGGGCCAUCCGCUUCACGGAUGAGCAGUGGAGCUUGCUAUGUGAUGUAGUAGACGAGCUGGAGAGGAGCAGCAUCGCCAGCGGCCAUAAUAACGGGUUCCGUAGCGACCAGGACAGUGAGGAUGGGGCCGACGACGAAGCAGGGGAUGAGGGUAUGGAUUCCCAGAAGGAUAACGACACGCUUGACCGGGCUGUCUUCUUGUUCAUAGUGGCUUCGAUCAAGACUCAGGUGGGCGGGCAUAUAUAUUCAAACUCGCUGCUCUGCUUCUGUGCGGCGUGA